AUGACUCACGGACAGCUUGCCACGCUGUCAACUGUGCGACUGUUGACAAACGCCCGCCUCGCGCGCAACCGAAGCAGAGUUCACGAGGCAGAGGAAGAAGAAAACACGGGGACAAAAGAUGUCGGUGGACUUGGCCGAUUGAGCGAGAUUCGUACGCGACUUUCGUCGAGAUUUCGCGCGGUCAGCGAGCGAUCGACCGAUGCAGCGCGCAACAUGGAGUCCGCGGUAGCGUGCAACAAGCAGGCCGAGCGCCGGCGAUCUACGCGAUCGUCGACCUCGAGGAAUCGGUUUUCCUCACGAAACAUGCGCUCGGACGCUUUCUACGCCGGCGUGGAACCGUUAUCCGUUCGACGCGCGUUGCAUAAUUCCGCCGGCCCAGACCCACAUACGAAUUCCGCUCCGAAUUCCAGCGGAUCGACGGAACGCGUUAAGAGGCAGCCGUUAACUUCCGCUCGUCCGACCACCGCGCAGGAACACGUUCGUCGUGAACUAUUCUACACGAUCCCGCGAGACGUGGCGGUCUCACGAAGGGAGAUCCUGCGGAGAUGCAGCAAGGAGAAGGAGGCUCGUCCCUCCUCCGAGUGGAGGCUCGUCGUCUCCGACAAUCUCGACGAGGAGCAACGUGAAAGACCGAGGACUCUACCGUCCAUCGCGAGAAGAUCUCGCAGAGAGGCAACGAGCAAAGGUGCUGCGGUGUCUCAUUCAGGGGUGCAGGGAUACAGAAAGGUCUCCAGGCAGGACAUAUUAUGCAGGAGAGCGAGCGUGGACGCAUCGGUGGUGGGCAUUUCACGUGGAAGGGGAGCUGGCGUUUCACCAGGCCAGGAGGAGAGGAUAGAAAGUUCAGAGGCGAAAGGUGCCGCGUUCGCGAGAUCGUCGGCCGGCCGACCGAGGAAUGUCCCGAGGCCGGGAAACAGGUGGCCCGGGUGGGGCAGAGAGGACGAGAGAGAGUCCAGGUCGGUCUGCGAUUUCCUGGCAGUGACCAGCAAGCUGCAGGACAUUACCCGCGGCCUUGUGCCGAGACCGUCGACCUUGCCCAAGAUAAUCCACCACGCGUCGCGAUCGGCUAGAAUCGGAGGGGAUGAUUGGAACAACCCGAGGCUGGCCAAAGACGCGGUGAGAAAGGAGCCGCCUGUCUACGGAAGGAUACGAAGGAGGAAAACCUCGUUGCCCUCCAACGGCGGCUCGGUCGUGUCUCUCAACACGCUGACCAGAACCGGAUACCCAAAACCCGGCAGCAUCCGCAUCAGAGAAAGAGCCGUGGACGUGGAGUUUCGAACGACCACCAGACACCUUCGCGAUCCGGUCCCCGACACGCCGUACUACUACUCGGCCACGUUGCCUCUCGUUGCCGACAUGAGAACGAAUCCCCAGCGAGGCGCGAUCUACGCCAAGGUGUCACGAAGAACGUCGAAGAGCCGUCAGAACACCGAGAACAAGGUCCAGGUGACGAGAGACGACAGUGUCGAUGGGAUCGAGGGUGAAACGAGCACCGGUCGCAGGACCAUGUCGCGCAAGAGGAUCAUCGAGAACACGAGAGACAGCUACGGAGGAGGAGGAGGAUCGAUUAAAAUUCAAUCGGAUGGAUUUCAGAGCGAGGGCCGUGGAAAGAGAGAAUCGAACGAGACGUCGGGCGUCGAAUCGAAUCGAACGAGAGAGUCGGACAAGUCGGGCGCCAGCGAGGAAAGUGGAGGCGACAGGCGUGAUUUUCGAUCCAAGGAUGCGACCCAGACGAGCAGAUCCAAGCCUGCGCGGGUCGAAAACUUUCGCUCGACGCAACGAGAGAUCGGCACGGCGGCCAGGUCGGCGACUACUCUUCCCAGUUGCGUGAAAAGUUCGAGAAAGUACUCGAUGGAAGGCACGCCGGGUCCGAUCGACUGUCCGAGGAAACUGCCCAAAGAGACGAGCGUCUCGUCGAGGCGUGGCAAAGAGCGGUCAAACUACGUGAAGAAGUCCGCGAGAAGCCACGUUAGGGCGUACAGCGACGCGAACAGCGGCCGAUCCAACUCGCCGGUCGCCACGUCCUCGAUUUUUGGAUUCUGCACCGGGAAAAGGAAAGUUCAGUCCUCGUCGAAGGUUGAAUGUGCCUCGACGUGUCCGACGUGGAGCGUGGAAACGGGUGAAUUGGUGUGGUUCGACCCGGGCGUCGGCCACGUAUUGCCAGGAGAGGUUUUAGAAUACCACAGGGCCGCCAACGUUCUCUCGGUGCAAGCAGUGAUCGCCGGCAAGAAAGAAACUUGUCCAGAUGGAACACGUUCUUUCGCGAGCACCGCGACGACGACUGGAAAGAGGGCAAAAGCUCGAGGCGUUGUAAAUUAUUCGUGGCCGGGAAUAAGUUAUGCAAGAUCUGUGACACAACCUCGAUUAUGA